AUGAUCUUGAAAAUCUGUUUGAAGGGCUGCAGUUUGUCAGAGAUCAGCUGUGAAGUUCUAGGCACAGCUCUGAAGAACAACCCGUCUAGACUGACAGAACUGGACCUGAGCAGGAACAUAAUCCAGGAUUCCGGAUUUCUUCAUCUGCGUGGUUUUCUGGAGAGUCCAGACUGCAGACUGCAGACUCUGAGGUUGGAGGACUCCAGUUUGUCAGAGAUCAGCUGUGAGGCUCUGGUUUCAGCUCUAAAGAACAACCCGUCCAGACUGACAGAACUGGACCUGAGCAGGAACAACCUGCAGGAUUCCGGAUUUCUUCAUCUGUGUGGUUUUCUGGAGAGUCCAGACUGCAGACUGCAGACUCUGAGGUUGAGGAGCUGCAGUUUGUCAGAGAUCGGCUGUGAGGCUUUGGGCUCAGCUAUGAAGAACAAACCAUCCAAUCUGACAGAACUGGACCUGAGCUACAAUAAGAACCUGGAGCAUUCAAGACUUCUUCACCUGUGUGGUUUUCUGGAGAGUGCAGAAUGCAGACUGCAGACUCUGAGGUUGGAGUACUGCCGUUUGUCAGAGAUCAGCUGUAAAGCUCUGGUCUCAACUUUGAAGAACAAUCCAUCCAAUCUGACAGAACUGGACCUGAGUGGGAACCACAUCCAGGAUUCAGGAUUUCUUCUUCUGUGUGGUUUUCUGGAGAGUCCAAACUGCAAACUACAGACUCUGAGGUUGGUGGACUGCAGUUUGUCGGAGAUCAGCUGUAAUGCUCUGGGCUCUGCUCUUAGGAGGAAACCAUUCAAUCUUAAAGAACUUGACCUGAGCUGGAACAAGAGGCUGCAGGAUUCAGGAGUUCGUCAUCUGUGUGGUUUUCUGGAGAGUCCAGACUGCAGACUGCAGACUCUGAGAUUGAAGAACUGCAGGUUUACACAAACCAGCUGUGCUGAUCUAAUCUCAGCUCUGAAGUCCAACACAUCCCACUUGAUCGAACUGGACCUGAGUCACAACAACCUGCAUUAUUUAGAUGUUCAGCAGAUCCAGGAUCUGGUGGAGAGUCCAAACUUCAAACUGCAGACUCUGAGGUGGUAGAAGUGAUGAGUCUGAUGUUCCUCUUGGGGAAGCAGAGAGGAGCAUCAUCAUCAGCAGCUUGUCUGCAGAGUUGUUGUUCCUGGAGGUGGAGAGCAGAGUGAUGGAGGAAUCAGAGGAAGUAGAGAUGAGUGUCAGAGCUGCAGCAUGAACUGAUCUGAGAUCAGCUCCACUGUCUCUCUCAGCAUCAAGUGGACAGUUAUUGUGCUGCAACUCCCCCGGUGGACUGAUGGAGAACUGCACUUCAUCUUCUCGUUCUAACUUGAAGUGUUGAUCUGAAACAUCAGUUGGAUUCAGAUGUUCAGCAGCUCCAGGAUCUGGAGAAACAGAGACUUGCAUACAAACAGAUUAUUUCCUAGAUCAUCGCUUUCUUCUUUCAUCUACAUUUGAUAAACAAAUGUGAGUUUGUUUGUAAACCAAUUAAGGAUCAUUGAUCAGACUGAACUUUCUGUCCAGAUCUUCAAACAUUUUCAAAGACUACCUCCAGCAGCUUGCUUAAGACAAGAAUGGAACCAAAACUUAACAAAACUCAGGACCUCAAUACUCAGAUGUCUUUACGCUUUUCUGAGAAAAAUUGACUCAUGCAGUUUGAAAGACACAGUUUUGGUUUAAUUGAUGUUUUCUACAAUUUUAUGACUGAACUUCCUUUUUCUUUUAUGUUUUCUGGGUAAAACUCUUGUGGUGUCAGGGUUUUAGGUGUAGUUUUUAAAGAAGUCCAAAACUAGCAGAAACCUUCUGAGCAUAAAGUCUGCUACAGAGGACAUGAAUGAACAGAGUUGAUGUUAGUGAGGAAUCACAGAGAAUCACUUUGAUGCAGCUGCUGCAACAACACUAACUGCAUUGAAGCAGGAGGGAGAAGGGAGACACCUGCUGGCUGUUUCCAGAACUGCAUCUUAGUGUCUAAAGGUUCAAACUGAAAGCUGUCUGUCAAAUUCCUGCAACCUGUUUGGAUCUAAUAAAUGCUCUUUUGAAUCAGCAAUGUGUUUAAGAUUGAUUUUGUCUUCAUUUUAAUAUACACUUGUGAUAUAGCGUGGCUGACUGAGAUUCAAUAAAACUAGCAUUGAAAUGA